CUGAAACGUUGGUUAACAUCGACCAGACUACACAGAGCAACAACCCAGAAGACAGAAAUCUUCUUAUUCUUCACUGAAGGUAAAGUACCAGUCUUCAGUGCAGUUAGAAGGGAAGGGUAAAAAUUAUUUGCAUCACAUCUCAUGAAUGGCUCUCUCUGUGUCUUCUCUGCUUGAAUAAUUCUUUGGUGCUCAAUAAGGACUUAGGUCAGUAGGAAUCACUUUUAACUUAACCCUCCUCUUUGUGAGCACCACUGAAUUAGUAAAAGAUUGCAGCAGGCCAUUCCUGCAACCUUCGAUUUAAAAGCUAUAUGAGCUGAGAGAAUUCCAACAUCAGUGUUGGUGUAGUACCAGGCUAGUCGACAUGCAUAGUAUAUAGUCUGUAACUCCAUAAUAUGUAUAUGCUAUUUUCUUGUCUGAGAUUUUUAGUUUGUAGAUUUGUUCGACAAUAUGGCUGUGUAGAGUAAGGUGCUUUUAACUUUUUUUCACAUUAGUCAAAAGUUGCCAUGAAUUCAUCCAAAAUAAAAUGUAAGUUUAUAAAUUAUCACCUUCUACAUCUCCCUGUUUCUGUUGAAAUAUUUAGUAAGGAAGUCGCUUGUGAGACAACCCUAUUUUUGGUAUGUUUUCAGCAUUGUUUUGGUCACACUGAUAAACCCUGUCUUUUGCUAACACCAACUUUCGUACAGUAUUCCAAUGUAGUUAAACUUAAUUCUCUUCAUUGUUUCCCCAUCCCUUUCAUGUUUCUCUGUGUGGACUUUAAUCAAGUCAUACACAUCUUCCAGUUUAGAUCUUGUGGAUAAGAAUGAAGAGUUAACCUAAAUUAAAUUGUUGCUUCUUUCCAAUAACUUCCAUUUUUAGAUUCAGAAAGGACCCCUAGCCAGGAAGAGUGCAUUCUGCUGUUAGUGAGUAAAUCAUCAAAAACAUGCAUUCCUGGUAAAAUUUCUUGACAGCAGAGUAUAUUCGGAUCUUCUCAUUACAGGUCCAUUUUAUCUAAUACAGGACUGAAGAUUGUAUUUGAGAUAGAAUCUUAUUACUUUGAAAGUGAAAUAUACCUGUCUUUUCAAUAAAAUGUAACUCGUGGCAUUUAUUGUAAUAUUAUGAAAUAACCAGGAGACUAGACUUGGAAUUGUAUAUACUGUGAAUUUGAUGACAUACAAUUGAAAAAUAAACAAUGAACGAACAAACCAAAGGAAGCAAGAAUAUGUUGCCAAUGGCAGAGUAUUGUGUUUCAUUAAGGAAUACCAGCCUCAUACAGAACUGCAAUUAUACUUACAGCUUAUUGUACCCUGCAUAACUCUUAAUCUUGAUGUACAGAAGGAAUUUUAUUUUUGAAAGUAUGUCUGAUGAUACAGGACACAAAGUACCUUCAGGACACUGAUUUAUAAGAAUUAAACUAUCUUUGAAUCUGAAGUUUACGUAAUAACUUUGGAAUUAUGUUGGUUGAUGACACCAUUUUUGUCUUAAUAUUGUAACUUAAUUCAAGACUAAAUAUCAUAAUAUAUGACAGGGAAAUAAAUAUGUUAAGUUCAUGUGUUUGACAAGGAAAUGUGUUUGGUAAUGUAAUGGUAAAGGUAAUGUUUAAAUGUGUUUGUAUGUUGUAAGUAAAUAUUUGUGAUGUAUCAGCUUUGCCCAUUCACAUUAAUGCAGUAUAUUGAAUGUUUGUUUCUGUGAUCAAACCAGUAUCUUUCACUGCCAAACACAUUUAAUGUUAAUAUAACUGCUGUUGCCAACAUGCCCACUCCUCUGUAUUACUGAUUGAGACAUUCUAUACCUUCUGUACAAGGUUUAUGAACUGUGUGCUACAUUUCAGGACUCAUUGUAUCAGUCAGUGUCACAGGUGGGUGGCCAUUUGGUUAUAAGUUUGUCAGCCAGUAACAGAGAUUAACUCAGUGCAGGAGUGUAGUCACAUGUUUUCUGUUGUAGGCAGAGUCAUUUCAAGCUACAGAGAGUUUUCAACUUUCAUAAACCUCAGCCAUUCAUAAAUAGUUAUUGUUUUAUUUUGGUAUGUUGUACAUGAUGACCCCAUACACAGACUUUCUUUAUUAAAAUUUCAAGUUUAUGUAAUUCAUUUUGUUGGUAAUGUUAAAAUAUCAGAUAUCCCAUCAUAUAAAUGGUCAGCCAGCAUAGCUCACUCAAUAUAGUGACUAGCUUUUUGAUCAGGAUUUAGUUCCUGUUGGUGGUAGGGAUUUUUUCUAGGGCUCACUCAUUCUCCUGUGUAGUGAUUAUUGGAGGCUCAUGCCCAAUAGGUAAAGCAGUUGGAGUAUGAAACAGACCACCCCACCUCCAUUUAAGGCCAAUUUCUUGAAUGUAUGGUACUGUACUUGUUGUCCCCUCUGUAUGCCUUAAUAUCAUAGCGCUUAAGCCCAGGGACAAAUUUACCUUAUUCUGGAGUUCAAAUAUGCCAUUUAAGACAAUUGAAAUCAUAUACUAGUUUGUGAAAUGUAGCAAAGCCAUGCAUAUUAAAGGGUUGUUUAUAUAAAGUAAAACAGUUUUCUCAUACAGAGAUGUUUGUCAUUUAAUAUGGCCCCUGCAACAAACAUGGAAAUUCUCUUGAGAAUUUGUGUUUGUGUAUCAGUGAUUAUGUCUAUUUUGUGGAUGUUCCUUUGUUAUAUUUUCAGUUGUGUGUGGUGUUUUGUUUUGAUGUGAGAAUGGUAUUUGUGUUAACAUUUGCACUCCACUUCAUUCAGAGGUUGUGGUUGACAUGAUACAUUACAUUUUUUUUAUAAUGGGUGUUCCCCAGUAGGCCUGUAACCACUUUUGUAAUAAUUGGUGUUGUGAAACAUGGAGUAAAAUUGUUGUAUUGUUUUUAGUAACCCUGAUAUUAGGUGUGACUUAGGUCUGGAGGUUUGUAGGUGGAAGUGGUGCUUGAGAAGUUUGCAAGUUCUUCAUAUUGUUAUGGGUCAUCAAGUUUUCCUGAUUGUAAGUCUAGUUUCGGUUUAUAAUAUUAGUGGUGAUAGGUGUUUUGGAUCUUAGUUUGUCUCUAGUUGCAGUCACCAUGAUGAGAUUUUGACUGUGUAGUCUGGUAGACAGUUGCUGACCUUUCAGAAGUGCUUGCUACUUCCAUCAUCAUUACCCUGAUGAUGGAGACAGUAAUCACCUCUGAAACAUCAGUAAACUUCUCCCAGACUACAUGGUGCAACAUCUCAGAAGACAGUCAUCUUCUUACUGCCAUAAGAACCAGAAAUCUUACCUGGAUCUGUCUCAGAUUUUGCCUCUCUUUCUUGGCUUGUUAGGUUAAAUGGAUUAUUUGUAGUUACAUUUUCUAUAGUACUGGUGUUUAUUGUGGGUGUUUAUUGGUUCUCUUUGCUUGGUUUUGUAGUUAUAUUACUGGCACUUCUUUUUCAUAAAUGUAGAACAGUCAGUUUCUUGUGCAGUCAUCUAUACUCUGCAAAAAGUACUUGAUUUUUCCAUAACACUUGCUGAGUGAUAUGUAUUGUUGUCAUUUAAUAUGGUGCUUGCAUUGUUAUUUUAUGAUACACCAGUUUUUUUAGGAAUGUGUUUGAUAACCUUUGACUUUGUGUGGGAUAUGAAAUUGAGUCUGUUGAGUCUAGAUGGUUAGAUAGUAUUGUUUACUUUUGUGUUCCUCUCUUUGGGGGAGGGAGGGGAAUGGUGAGAAGAUAUGAGGGUUUGACUGAAGUAUUUUCUAUCUUUAGAGUCAGUCAUGUAUAUGUCCAUCAUACACACACACACACAUACACACACACAAACAAACAAACAAACCAAUGUCAAGGAACAAAGGAACAUUCACAAGAAAGUGUCCAGAGAUAUCCACAUAUAUUAAAGCAUUAAGGAAGAAAGGCAUAUAUUAGGAGUAUCUAUGACAUAAUUACCAGUUCUUACCAAUAGUUUGUUGUGAGUUGCCUCAGCAUACCUCACUAUUAUUUCCCUCUAUAAUCAAGGCAGUUGGUGGGUUAAGACUGGCUAAGGUAGUCAAGGCGAAACCACAGUCGUAUCUUCGCUAGUAAAUCUCCAUUGCCAACCAAUCCUAGGAUUGACGACUAAAAAAGAAUCAAGGCAGUAGAACAAAACUAUGGCAAUGAAGAACAGAAAGCAGGAAUAAAAUAGAACAUGCAGAAGGGGACUGAGACAUUCAUUUUGGAAAACCAAGUCUCAAAAACCCUGAAUCAUAUGCAUUUAAGAGAACAAAAAUAUCAGCAGUUACUGUACUUAUUUCAAUGGAAUUAUGCAUUCUGAAGUUAAAAACUACAUAAAGUCAUGAAAUUUGCCCAAUCAAUGAAAAUAAAGUAACUGGUGAUUACUACUACUACUACUAUGGCGUAACAGCCCAAAAUCAAGCCCUAGCCUCCUCUAUCUUCUUCCUCUCUAUCCAAUGCUAUCCUUCUCCAAGCUGCUGUUCCAAGGAGAUUUCUGGAGUCAGUCGUCACUGCAUCCAGCCAUCUACCUUUAGGUCUUCCCACUGGCCUUAUCCCAUAUAACUGGUGAUUAACCCUAUUCAUAACCCUGUGAACAAAAUAUUUAUUGAUGAUGACCAUCAUCUUGGAUGAAGUACUGUUUAGUCUCAUAGAUACUGACUAGCUUACUGCUUCUGCUUCUGUCAUUACCAAGAUGAAGGAAGCAGUAAGCUCCUCUGAAACAUCUGUGAAAUCUAUCAGACUACAUGAUGCUACAUCCCAGAAGACUGCCAUCAUUACACCCAUCACUAUGGAAACUCCUGGUUCACCAAGAUAUAUGUAGCUUAGAAUACUUUUAGAACUUGGUGUUGGUAAAAAUUCCAUCUUCUGGUAGUUCAAGCUUAAGUUACAGUUUUCUGUAUAGCAAGGAAAUACAGGGUGAUUAAAAAAUUCCUGUGCAACUGUAACAGUAGGUGUUGGAAGUUGGGAGUGAUUGAAGUCACUGUAGACAUACAUGUCUUAUGUGGUCUAUAUGACUGUUAUGUGUUGUGUGACCUUCACUAUUACCUUCCUUUAGCCAGUCAUGCUGUAGAUGGUGAGCUUUGUGGACCAUGAGAAAUAUAUUUGUGUUCUUACAGGUGUACAGGGACUUUUGAAUCACCCUGUAUAACAAAAGACAGCUUUAUUUUUUGAAUAAUUAAGUAUGCAAAUUGUAGGAAGUGAAUUAACUUUUUAUACCUCUUACUUAUGUUAGUAUACACAUUGCAACCUGCAAGCUUCAUGAAUUUAGGUUUCUAAUAUGUGCAGAAAAGGUAAUUGUGAUCUGAUCUGUGCUAAGCAUAAGUGGUGAUUGAGAAUAUUUUCAUGAAAUUCUAAUAAUAUAUAGUCCAGUCGUGCCAAAUACAAGCUACAGCUUUGAAAAUAUCCUAAUUCAUUUUCAUUUGGUUAUAUCGAUGUGUGUAAUUCACAAUUUAGUCGGAACAUUUCCCAUUCUGCACAUCAAUAUUUAGUUUUUAGUUUGUAUCAAGCACACCUUCAAUUACUACUUGGUUUCUUUGUGAAAUUUUAUUAAUAGUAAUAAAAGGAGUUGGAUGAAAGAUUAAGAAUAAAUACAUAAACUGGUUUUGUGAAUGAAAUGAGAACAAUUCAUAAAAUACAUAAUAUUAAAAACUUGUGGGGUGAAGUAAUUAUUUUCAAUAAGUUGUCUUUAACUGAAAUCUUUCAAACAGCUGAGAAGUGUGUGUUGACAGAUCACUAUGCUAAGUCAGUGUAAAUUUUCUUGUGUUUUAUAUGUCAGUGUAAUGUAUGUGAUUAGUGUCUGUAUAUCUUGUGUGUCCCUAUCAGACCUGGACUGCACAAUAGUGUGGGUCAGCAUAUUAUUUAUUUAUUCUCACAUCAUUAUGAUGCCUAUAAAUUUGUAUCCCAUAUGCAGAAAUGUUCAGGUGUCUUGUCUACAUUGGAAAAACAGAAAGAAAAGGAAGAUAUGUCACUUUCAUGUUUCUGUCAUUUGGGGAACAACUGCUUCCAAACUUUUCUGUUCCUGAUUGCUUGGGUCUGAAAGGGAUACCAUUCUUUUGAUGAUGUAAAAACAGGGUACAUAUGUAGUAUACCUAGGAUAAGUAAAUAUUAGAGAAAAUCCUUCCUUGCAAAUUACAGAAGUUGUAGCAAUAUUUUUGAAUUUAUAUACAGAAUAUGAUGGCCUAGAUAAUAUAUGUAACUAAUUAUAUUUUUGUAAAUUCAGUUCCAAUUUUUGUUACUGUGAGAGUAAAUUAUUCCUAACUGAAAUAACAAUAACAAAUGAACAUUUCAGUUAUACCGUAUGUAACUUUCAUGCUGUUUUCAUUAUGAUGAACAACAUUUAUAUCAUAACACAUUACUGUAUUGAUAUAUGGGAGUUAAUGCUGCCUAAACCAUGACUCCAUUGUGUAAGUUUGUAUGCUAAGACUGUGUUUGACAAUACAGCUUUUUGCUAAUUACACAUUCAUAUAUCAUGCAUGUGCCAAAUAUAAUAUAAAAUAAUUAAGAUAGUUUUAGUUACCAUGAGAAUUCAAAAUGGAGGUAUGGGUUUGAAAACAGUGGUUCAGCCUUUCAGCAUUGUUUUGUACCACACAGGAACUGUGAAUCAUUCUGAGAUAUGACUGUUAAGUAUUAUCAAUAUUAAAUGUGAUAUGUACUUACAUCUGUAUUUGAUAUUGAGUAAACAAGAAGGUGACUGUUUUCUAGGAUGUUAUAGAUCUUACACUGUGUAGUGUAGUAGAAACUGACAUUUCAGAGGUGGUUACUGGCUUCAUCAUCAAGGUGAUGAAAUGUAGGCCAACUUCUACCAGACUACACAGCACAACAUUCCAGAAGACACUUAUUUUCAUACUCAGUGCCAUGAUUACAUGAAAUCUCACCAUGUUGUCAAGAAGUAAUAUUUUUUAUAUAUUAAUUACAUGUUAUAAAUGCUGUUCAAGUGUCUUGAAACAUGGAACCUGUUUAUUUUAAUAAUAUCUACAAUCUGAUUCUCCUAUAACAUGUCUAACUUUUUGUGGUUUCCCUCAUUGUCUGGGAAGAUGCUAGGAUAGUGCCUUAAAAUAGCCCACCAUAACCUCCUUUCAGAUCCCCAUGUGCCUGUUGUUAAAUAUUAUCUUUCCAUAUCAUUUAAUACUGCAUAACCUUUGCAGUUGAAAUGGUUUUAUUAAGUUCUAAGAUGUAUCAGGAACAUCAUUAUGUUUUAUUUAAGAUGCCUAAAAGUCAUUCAUUCAUGAGCGUAUGGGUAGAACGAUACAAAAGCAAAUGCUAAAACAGAACAUACACAUCUUCAGGUGCUUGGAAUUUCCUUUGGCAAGUGCAUAUACUAUUAAUUAUGUACCAUAGAUGGCACUAGUAGAAAACUGAGCAAAGCAUAAUUGAAGUUAUUUGUACUUCAUAGAUGGCAGAAGGAACUGAAGGACUAAUGUGGUGUGUAUGAUGUAAUCAGAUAUGGUUGAGUGAUUGUUGCCUUGUCACAUUAUAUAAUGUUAUCUUAAGAAAAUGGUUGCCUUGACAAAAGAGAAACUGUUGUAUGCUGUUGCAUUCAUGGAUUCAGUUGCAUGCAGUUUGAUCAUUCCUGUAUUGGCACCAUAUCUGAGAUCCCUAGGAGCUUCUCACUUCACCAUUGGAAGUCUGGUGUCUCUGUAUUUUGGACUACAGCUCAUUUCCAGUCCAGUUAUAAGCUAUUAUGGUGAUGUGAAGAGUCGGGCCUUCAUAUUGCAGAUCACACUUCUAGUCUGCUCCACCUUUUAUUGUAUUCUGGGCACUGCAAAUGUUCUUCCAGUUAUCUUCCUCAGCAGGAUUGUAUUAGGAAUGUUUACACAUACUCAGAUACUAUGUGAAACCAUUCUUGCUGAAGUGGUGUCUCCUGCAGAAAAAUUGGAAAUUCAGAGAACGUUGACCUUCUUUGGAACUGUUGGCAUUGUGACAGGUCCAGCCAUUGCUGGAAACAUGCUGGAGCUGCAUCAUGGUUUUCAAUAUGUGUGUUGCAUUAUCUCCAUCAUCUUCUUAAUCAAUUUUGCAAUUGUGAAUCUUUUUCUUCCAAAUGGACCACAUACUAACAAAAAUGAAAAGGAUAAUAAAGCUGUGAAGUCAAAGACUUCCAGUCCGGAUAUAAAAGAUGAGAAACAUGUGGAAUCUGAGACAUCUGUAAAGAAGACUAUAGAAAAUGAGAUUAAAAGAGAGUCUCUGUUAAAAGAAAUCUUUAAUUCAGUAACAGGUCUGGUGCACAUCAAUUGGUUAUUCUAUUGGGAUGUGUUUCUCCUCAAAUUUCUGUUUGACUUCACACAUACCAUACAUCUUGUGAAUUUUGCACCUGUUCUGCGAGACGUGUACAGUACUCCUCCCAGGUGGAUUGGUUACACAGUUGCAUUGCAGGGCUUGGCCAUAGCAAUAUCUGGCUUCUUGACUGAAUGGAUGAAUAUGUUCUAUAAGUCUGAUCCAAACCACACUAACAGGAGCUUACAUGGUUUUGGACUUCUUACAUUUUCAUUUUUUUGCCUCAGUCUUGCCCCCAACUGGACCUGUGUUUUUGUUUGUCUUUUACCUCUAAGUACAUCUGUAUGUUUACUGAAAACUGCAACAUUAGAGAUAAUCAAGCAGAGAAUUUCACUUAACAAGAAGGGUUCAGUAAAAGGACCAGGACAAUAUGCAUUUUCUGCAGCACGACUCUUUGCCCCAGUUUGCACAGGCCUAGUAUAUGAUAUGUAUGGCUUCCAAGGAACAUCCCUACUAAAAGUAGUGGUGGCAGGAAUAGCAACAGCACUUUCCUAUUCCUUGUUACUGCAGCAGGUGCAGGAUAAAAAGAAGAUGUGAUCAGAAGAAAGAUAUAAAGUGUUUUCUUCUGCAGUCAUACAAAGUUAUUUGACACAUUAAAUGAAGUGAAAAAAAGUGUGGCAAUAUAGUACUAACGGAAGAAGUUGGUAUGAAACAUUCUAUCCUGAAGUCAUAUUAAUUUUUUUGGGUUUUCACAGUCCCUCCAGGCAAAUGCUGUGCAGUGCUAAGAAACUGGUUGUAACUAUGCCCUAAGCAAUCCCUACCAGUUGUACAUAAUUAUCCCCUUAUUUUGCCAAACACUACAUAAUAUGGACAAAAGCUGGCUUUUAUCCUCAUAGAUAGUAGACAGUAGAAACCUGAAAUGGAGGACCAGAAAAUAUUAAUUGUUUAGGCCAGAAUAUAAGUAUUAUGUUAAGCACAAAUUAUACCAACUACUUGUUAACUGAUUGUAUUUGAUUUUGGGUGACAAACAUCAUAAAUGGUUGAUGCAUGGUUAUAAAAGUUUCUUUGAUAAUGUGAGGCAGUUAGUAAUGAUAAGUGGCUUUUAAGUGUAAGUUUAAAGGCCUGUACGCACUAGGGCACAAAUGUUGCGGCACAUUGUAGUGGCACAAAGUCGCUUGAUGUGCCUCGACAAGUCGCAGUGUGUUCUGCAACAAAUAUCAUGUGCCCGGUUAUCGGUUGAGAGGCGGCAACACAAAGGAGCAUCAAAGGACGUCUUGAGUAUUGCAAUAGCUUGCGUGCAGUGUGGACGUGUCGUGGGACCAGCAAUGAAUGUAUAGUGGUCGAACGAUCGUGUUUUAAAAUUGAUUGAAUUAUACCAUGUAAAUCGAUGUCUAUGGAAUGGGCAACAUGCCGAUUAUAAAAAUCGGAAUAAAAAGACAGAUGCAUGGAACAGCAUCGCGGAAGAAAUGGGAACACCACGAAACAUAAUUGAAGCGAAAAUGCACAACAUUCGCUCACAGUUUAUGCGCGAAAGAAAGAAGAUUCAAAAUUCUAUGAAGAGUGGUUCAGGAGCUGAUGAAGUGUAUGUUCCAGCUUGGUUUGCCUACCAACAUUUUUUUUUUUUAAUAAUGUGGACCCUGGCGAUUCAUCAGACACUUUGUGUUUGUCUUCGCAAUUGAACUCCCAACCAUUUGCAACAGUACCUCGAAAUCAGUUGUCGUCAUUCUGGUGAAGUUGCAAAAUGAUCCGUCUGACAUCUGCAGGUUUGAGAGUACACAUGUAUCCCUUUCUUCUAAAAACUUUCUUACCCACACACUCUUCUUGCGCUUCGAUUUCUUUUCAGCUAAAUGCACAGGUAAACAGUACCUCCUCUUCUGACAUCUUAACAUACAAUGUGGACAGAUGUAUCGGUGUCUCAUGUCGCUGCGACAUGUCUCCUGAUACAAGUCGCUCAACUUGUAUUGCAACAUGUGCCCUAGUGCAUACAGGCCUUAAGUUGUGAGCAAAAGUUGUGAAGUUGAAUACAAUGUUUAUAAUAAACUAACUAAACAAAUC